AUGCUUCGCUUCGGUGGCCAAAUCGCUCUCAUCACGGGAUCCGGCAAUGGCAUUGGCCGCUGCUAUGCGCUUCUUUUCGCCGAGCGGGGCGCCAAAGUGGUGGUUAACGACUUUAGCAGGGAAGCCGCUGACUCGGUCGUCAAGGAGAUUAAGGCCAAAGGCGGCAUCGCCGUUGCCGACUACAACUCGGUCUCGGACGGCGGCAAAGUCGUGGCCACUGCCAUUGAUCACUUUGGCCGCAUUGACAUCUUGGUGAACAAUGCUGGGAUCCUGCGGGACGCCAGCUUUGCAAAAAUGACCAAAGCUCAAUGGAAUCAGGUGCUGGACGUCCACCUUCAAGGAACUUUUGCGGUCACGCACGCGGCGUGGCCGUACAUGCGCGAGCAAAAGUACGGCCGCGUGGUUCUCAUCACGUCGAUUAACGGUCUAUACGGCCAGUUUGGCCAGACCAAUUACAGCGCGAUGAAGGCGUCUAUGACUGGUUUCGGCAAGUCACUGGCCAAAGAAGGCGCUCGCUCGAAUAUCAAGGUGAAUAUCGUCGCCCCUGGCGCGGGUUCCAAGAUGACGGCGUCCGUCAUCCCCGAAGAUCUCGUGGCCAAGUGGAAACCCGAGUACGUGGCGCCCACGGUCGUGUACUUAUGCCACGAGUCAGUGCCGUGCUCGGGUAAAAUCUUUGAAAGCGGCGGCGGAUUCGUCGCACAGGUCAAGUACAUGCGCAGCCGCGGGGUGUUCCUCGAUCUGGAGAAGGAGAUCACGCCUGAGGCGGUGGAGAGCAAGUUUGCUCAGAUCACGGACUUUGCGGACGCUACGGAUCCGGAUGACGACGAUAUCACGCCGCAGCUCAAGCAGAUUCUGCCUGCAAAACUAUGA